AUGUCCUCCAUACGUUUCCUGUGCCAACACUGCCACCAGCCCCUGAAGCUCAGUCAGACCUCAGAGAAGCUCAGCUCAGUGCGAAGGAGUCCAGGAGGUACCCAGGAGGACAGCAGCAGUUCCACGGAUCUGGCAGCCAGUGGAGGAGCCCAGGCAGGCCCCUCCAGCAGCCUCUGUGAACCAGAUGGCGGGAUGUCCCAGGAAAGAGUCAAACCCUUCACCCUGCUGGGCAGCUGCACCUCCGUGAAAACUCUGGAUGGCAUUCAGAAGACCUGCGCCUACAUUUUCGAUUCCCUCUCAGACCUGGAAGUGGUGGACCACCCCCUGUGUGAGGAGUGCACCGACUGUAUCCUGGAGCAGCUGGACAAGCAGCUGGCACAAGCCCAGCGUGAAUGCCAGACCUACAGACGCUGCCUGGAGGUGGGGCUGCUGCAGGGUGGGGACAAGAGUUCAGCCCUGCAGACCGAACUGUGGGACCUGAUGCAGGAGGAGGCCAGGCUGGUUGGGGAGCUGGGGAAUCUGGACAGCAGGCAGGCCCAGGUUGCUGCCCACCUGAGCACCGCCCAGGCCGAGACCACUGAGCUGCUCCUGCAGGAUGAGCAGCACCAGAAGGACCUCAGUGUCUUGCAGUGGCAACAGCAGGAACUAUCCGACGAGCUGGGCAGCCUGGACAACCAGCUGAUGUAUGCCCAGCGCCAGAUACAGCAGCUGAGGACCACCGACAUCUUCGAAGCCACCUUUGAGAUCUCCGAGGAAGGACCCGUGGGCAUCAUCAACAGUUUCAGGCUGGGCCGCCUGCCGCAGGUCCCCGUGGGCUGGGAUGAGAUCAACGCGGCCUGGGGACAGGCGGCUUUGCUGCUGCUGGCCCUGUCCAACGCUGUGCGGCUGCAGUUCCAGCGGUACCACCUGGUGGCCUGCGGGAGCCACUCCUACCUGAAGUCCCGGACCGCCGACGGAGAGGAGCUGCCCCUGGCCUCGGACGGCAGGCACAACGUCUUCCUGCAUAACAAAUUCGACCGCGCCAUGCUGGCCUUCCUGGAUUGCCUGCAGCAGUUUCAGCAGGAGGCCGGGCCCAGCGGGCUGCUUGUGCCCUAUACGGUGCACGCGCAGGAGGGGGUGCUGGGGGACCCCGCGGACCCCAAGGGGCAGUACUCGGUGCGCACUCACCUCAACACCGAGGAGCAGUGGACCGAGGCGCUCAGGCGCAUGCUCAGCAACCUGAAGUUCUGCAUGGCGUGGGCCUCCCAAAGGUACCGUCCAAAGUGA